UUUAUUUUUGGGUCAGUGACGGUGUGUCAAUGGCCGCAGAUGCGUCAGAAAGGAAGGCUCUGAGAUACAAGCAAACCCUGCUCUAUGGGGAGUAUCAGGAAAACCAGGGAGGCUCCAGCAGACGCGAGGCCACGCGCCUGCUAGCAGAGAGACAGAUCAAGAAACAUGGCAGCCAUCCUCGCGGCCAUGCCAAGACGCGGCACGUGCACGGUCGCCGCUGCCAGAACGGCUUCCACGGUCGCCACGGACACCACAGCAGGCAAAGAAACCGCCGCCAGUCCAACAUGGAGGCGGAGGCCGCCGACGAGCAAACAGCCGAGCCGGACUUCACGUCCUCUCUGAAGAAGAGACGCUCGUACUCCAAGUGUCGAGACUGUGUAGCACGGGUGCAGCAGUUCCUCGUGACCAGGUUGGGAGAAGACUGGAUCUUCCUGGUUCUGCUGGGCAUCACGAUGGCACUGGUCAGCUGGACGAUGGACUACGCCAGCGCAAAGAGCCUGGAAGCGUAUAAGUGGAUUCACGGGGAGCUGAGGGGGAACAUCCCCCUGCAGUACCUGGCCUGGGUUUCAUAUCCCCUGAUUUUCAUCCUCUUCUCCUCCCUCUUCUGUCACCUGGUUUCUCCUCAAGCGAUCGGUUCUGGGAUCCCAGAGUUGAAGACCAUCCUGCGAGGCGUUGUCCUCAAGGAGUAUUUGACCCUCAAGGCCUUUGUUGCUAAAGUUAUUGGUCUGACCGCUGCUCUGGGCAGUGGAAUGCCAGUCGGUAAAGAGGGUCCUUUUGUCCACAUCGCCAGUAUCUGUGCUGCCGUCCUCAGCAGGUUCAUGUCCUUCUUUUCAGGCGUUUAUCAGAAUCCAUACUGUUAUACAGACAUCCUGACAGUAGGCUGUGCUGUUGGGGUGGGCUGCUGCUUUGGUACUCCACUGGGAGGUGUGCUCUUCAGCAUCGAGGUAACAUCCACGUACUUUGCAGUGAGAAACUACUGGAGAGGAUAUUUCGCUGCCACCUUCAGUGCUUUCAUCUUCAGAGUCUUAUCAGUGUUUAACAAAGACGCAGUCACCAUCACGGCUCUAUUCAGGACAAACUUCCGCAUGGAUUUCCCCUUCGACCUGCAGGAGCUGCCGGCGUUCGCCAUCAUCGGGAUUUCCUGCGGGUUCCUGGGAGCGUUCUUCGUCUACCUCAACAGACACGUGGUGCUGUUCAUGAGACGACAGAACGCCAUGACACGCUUCCUCACCAGACAUCGUCUGUUGUUUCCCGCCGUGAUCACGCUGCUCAUCGCCACCUUGACCUUCCCUCCUGGCUUUGGACAGUUCAUGGCUGGAGAGUUGAUGCCCAGACAGUGCAUCAGCUCCCUGUUUGACAACUUCACAUGGACAAAGAUCUCCGGAGCUGCUCCUCCUCCAGUGGGUCUGGGUCUCUCUGCUGCCUGGAUCCAUCCUGACGUCAGCGUCUUCAUCAUCCUGCUGCUCUUCUUCAUCAUGAAGUUCUGGAUGUCAGCUGUUGCCACCACCAUGCCCAUCCCGUCCGGAGCCUUCAUGCCUGUCUUCAUACUGGGAGCUGCGUUCGGGAGGCUGGUGGGUGAAAUCAUGGCCACGCUGUUUCCUCACGGGAUCGUGUUUGACGGCAUCUUGUACCGCAUCAUCCCCGGAGGGUACGCAGUCAUUGGGGCGGCGGCGCUGACGGGCGCUGUGACUCACACGGUGUCCACUGCGGUUAUUUGCUUUGAGCUGACGGGUCAGAUCUCCCACAUCCUGCCCAUGAUGGUGGCAGUAAUCCUGGCCAACAUGGUGGCGCAGGGCCUGCAGCCGUCUCUCUAUGACUCCAUCAUCCAGGUCAAGAAGCUGCCGUAUCUGCCCGAACUCGGCUUUGGACACAUGAGUCAGUACAACAUCUUUGUAGGCGACAUCAUGGUGAGGGACGUGAAAUUCAUAUCGUCUCAGUCGACGUACAAGGAAGUUAAACUCCUGCUGGACUCGUCCUCGCUCAAAUCAAUCCCACUGGUCGACUCUAAAGAGUCCAUGAUCCUGCUGGGCAGCGUCGACAGCCUGGAGCUCCUGGCUCUCUGUGAUUGGUGGUUGUCACCAGAGAGGAGGCUCCUCAUGCAGGAGCAGAACCAGAAACACAGCUGGGAGUCUUUCGCCUUCGUGGACGAGGAGGACGAAGACGACGAAGACAAGAACAGUCCAGUGGUGGAGGAGAGGAACGGCCCGCUGCCUCCUCCUAAACCUCAGGAGUCCUCAUCAGACCACAACAAUCCAGAUCCAGAUAUAGGUCCUCUGCAGUCUGUGGGGAAGUCGCUCAGGAAUCUCUUCACCUCUGCAAACAGACAGACAGACGGACAGUCCCAGGAGCCCUGUCCUUCUCCACUGUUGGACACAAUGACACCAGAAGAGAUCCAAGCGUGGGAAGAGGGUGAGAUGGACAAGCCGAUGGAGAUCGACGAGAUACGAGUCGACCCUUCACCUUUCCAGCUGGUGGAGAGGACGUCGUUACACAAGACUCACACCCUCUUCUCUCUGCUGGGCCUCAGUCACGCGUACGUGACCAGCAUCGGUAAACUGGUGGGCGUGGUGGCGCUGAAGGAGCUCCAGAAGGCCAUCGAAGGCUCCACGCGCUCCGGCGUUCGCCUCCGCCCGCCUCUCGCCAGCUUUCGUGACAUCAGUAAACACAAGUCUGUCUCUCAGCCUCCGACCUCCUCCCCCACCACCUGUCCUCCUUCCCCUACCAUCUCUGCAUGCCCUCCCUCAGCUCCCACUGCUCCCCACUCCUCCUCCUCCUCGUCUUCCUCCUCAUCACCCCACCACCACCACCUCCACCUCCCUCAGCAGAAUGAGACAGAGGUGUGGGUAGGCAAGGAGGUGGAGGAGGAGAGGAGCAGUGAUGGUAGCGGUGUCUGCACCUGUGGCUCACACAGCAGGAGCUGCAGCUCCAACAGUAACCUCACCCUCCCUCCCUCCUCCACUCCUCCCCCAGUGCCUCCCUCCUCCCUCAGGCACCUACAGGGACUCCUGCAGGGGGACGAAGACAGCGACGACGAGCCCAUGGUUUAGUUUAGUGCACAUUUUUUUUAUAAUGAUAUUUUGUUACAGUUUCUGUUUUUACUUUGUUUCUCUGGUCUUUUGAACUCUUUGACCGGUUUCAUGGCUGGUUUCUCAGACCUCUGCUCUGUUUCUGUGCAUCUUUACUUCACUUUCUUUCUUUUUUUGAACACAUGUAGGUGUGGCAGAAACCAGGUUCUAUGCUAGUGGAAAUACAAAAUAACUGCCGUGCUGAGGAGAGGCGGAAACACGGCAUAAAGACUGGUUACAGCAGAUUUUUACAUGACGACUGAAAGACUGAGGAAUCACAUUUAUUCACGACUGACGACACACCCAAAUUUAGCAUUUAAACUGAAUUAGGGGCCGAAACCUAUUGUUAAUCCUUCAGAUUAUUCUUCUAGCUGUGUCUUUGUGGUAAUAUUUGAGGACGUUAAUGAGCAUAAAAACCCUUGAAACUUGGCACAGAGGUCAGAGGUCAGGUCUGCCGAAAAUGUGAUAUUGGCCUGGACCC